UGCACAGAUAUUCAAAGUAUUACAUUCCUUACACAAAAAUGAGGUGUUUUGUGAUAUUAAACUAAAAACAGAUGAUGGCAAAAUUAUAUUAGGUCAUAAAGUGGUUUUGGCAUCGGCUAGUCCAUACUUCUAUGCAAUGUUUACGAGUUUUUCAGAUAGGAAUAAAGGUCUUGUUGUUAUGAGACAAAUAGAUUCUACCACCUUACAGCUCUUAGUAGACUUUAUUUAUUGCGGGAAAAUUAUGGUCACUGAAAAAAAUGUACAGGUUUUGUUACCAGCUGCCAAUUUCUUGCUGUUAACAGAAGUAAUAGAGGCAUGUUAUGAUUUUUUACAGAAACAACUGCAUCCUACAAAUUGCCUUGGCAUACACUCGAUAUUUGAUUUACAUAACCGUACGGAAUUAUUAACAAGUUCAGAACUAUAUAUUCAACGACACUUUACAGAAGUUGUCGAGGGAGCCGAAUUCCUAUCCUUAUCAUCCGAACAAGUAGUUAAGUUGAUAUCCAAUGAUAAAAUUACAGUUCCAUCUGAAGAAAAAGUAUUUGAAUGUGUUAUUCGAUGGGUAAAACAUGAAUUGGGUUCCAGAAAAUGUAUUUUGCCCCAAUUAAUGGAACAUGUACGUUUACCACUAACAUCGAAAAAUUUCAUAUUAAAAAAAGUAGCUAAGGAACCUCUUCUUAAUAAUUGUCCUAAAUGUAAAGAUUACAUAAUUGAGGCAUUAGAUUUUCAUUUACAUAAGUCAAAUAAGUCAGAUCAGCUUAUCGCUGUUCCGCAUAACGUCCGUGCUAAACCUCGGCUGUCCGGUGGCUUACAUAAAGUUAUUUUAGUUGUCGGUGGAUUUGGGAAUAAAGCAAAUAGUAGUACAGAAUGGUAUGACCCAAAAAUCAACCGAUGGCAGUUUGGACCAAAAAUGAUUACCCGCCGUUGUAGAGGUGGUCUAGCUGUAGUGAAAGAUAAUUUUGUGUUUGCUAUGGGCGGUUCUCCAGAAUCAUUAUAUCAGUCUGUUGAUGUGCUAGAUUUAUCUUUAGAAUCACCUUGUUGGAAGUCAUCUGUUGAUAUGUUAGUGAACAGAGAAGAUUUAGGGGUUGGUGUCAUAAAUAAUUAUCUAUAUGCUGUUGGUGGGUGUAAUGAGACUGGUAGUCUAAAAAGUGCAGAAGUGUUUGACUGCAGUAGACAAGAAUGGCAUAUGGUAUGUAAUAUGUCUACUAGACGAGAUGAUUUUGGUGUCGGAGUACUCAACAAUAUUUUAUAUGCGGUAGGAGGUCAUGAUUUCUCAGUAAGUCAGAGGUUAAGGUCUGUUGAAUGUUAUAAUCCCAGUAUUGAUACAUGGAGUUCAGUCGCAGAUAUGCGUGUAAGUCGCAGUGGUGUGGGUGUUGGAGUUUUAGAUGGUGUACUGUAUGCCGCGGGUGGUCACGAUGGAUUUAAACUUCUUAGAAGUGUGGAAACAUACAGACCAAGUACGGGAGUUUGGACUACUAUUGCAGAUAUGCAUUUGUGUCGAAAUAAUGCAGGAGUAGUUGCAUUAGAUGGUUUAUUGUACGUUGUGGGUGGAGAUAUCAUAACUUCUAUUAUAGAUAGUGUAGAAUUUUACAACCCCAACACCAAUUCCUGGACUAUGGUCACACCUUCAAUGAAUGUAGCACGAACUCUUGCAGGAGUAGUAACCAUUAAUAGGCCACCAUAUUUUUAA